UUCAUUCUCCAUUUAGGAGGCUUUCCCCUUUUGUCACUUUCCACAUAAACCUGGAGGCAUUAACCAUAGACUUCCUUCUUUUAAAUUCCUCAUUCUCUUUCCCACGCAGACACUCUUCCUCUAAAUUCUGUUUCACCAACCUCUUACAGGCAUGAGCAAGGGACAGAGAGCGUGUUAUCUGAAAGACUGAAACUAAUAAAAUUGAAAUUUGGGAGUUACAUUCAGACUGCAAUUAAAAAAUGCCUGAAGAUCAGUUAAGCAGACGUACUAUUAAAUCACAUGGAGCUAAAGUUGCAAGGAGACAUAUGCAGGACUGGUUGAUUCUUUUGCUUCUUGCUAUCAUUGAUGCUAUCUUGAAUGUGAUAGAGCCAUUUCACCGUUUUGUUGGACAGGGGAUGAUGACCGACCUAAGUUACCCAUUGAAAGACAAUACUAUACCCUUUUGGGCUGUACCAAUAGUAGCAAUAUUGUUGCCAAUAGUCGUCAUUCUUGUUUACUAUUUCUUCCGAAAGGAUGUUUAUGACUUCCACCAUGCUAUUCUGGGCCUUUUAUUCUCUGUACUCAUUACUGCGGUGAUAACCGAUGCUAUCAAAGAUGGUGUGGGACGGCCACGCCCAGACUUCUUCUGGCGUUGUUUCCCUGAUGGGAAAGGGGAGUUUGAUCCAGUAACAACGGAUGUCAGAUGUACAGGAGACAAGGCUGUUAUUAGAGAAGGGCACAAAAGUUUUCCGAGUGGACAUACCUCUUGGUCCUUUGCUGGUCUUGGUUUUCUUGCAUGGUAUCUAUCUGGGAAAAUUAAGGUGUUUGACCGUAGGGGUCAUGUUGCAAAGCUUUGUAUAGUGUUCUUUCCCCUUCUCGUGGCAUCUAUGAUUGCUGUCUCUCGUGUUGAUGACUAUUGGCAUCAUUGGCAAGAUGUUUGUGCUGGAGGGCUUAUAGGUUUGACAAUCGCUUCCUUUUGUUACUUGCAAUUCUUUCCACCUCCAUAUGAUAAAGACGGAUGGGGACCUCGUGAAUAUUUCCAAGCAUUGGUUGAUUCUAAUACUUCUUCGAAUUCUUCGAACAGCAACGACAAUAUUUGUGCUCAACAAACUGAGGUUCAGAUUGUAUCUUUGUGUAUCCCACCCCACCAUGAUGGUGAUGCACGAGUAAUUAAUAGAUUGAACUCCAACCCCACGUUAGAUGAAUCACAAAUUGCACGGGUACACUGACUUACGGUACAUUAACGAUGUAUGUUACAAAAUAAAGUUCAAUUAAAAUUCUUUUGUAAAACAAUGCCAUAGUAUAUUGACGGUUACAAAAUGCACUAUAUCAAUUACUUAGCUUGAGAGAUGUUGGUUGGAAUAGAAAUAUCUUACUAUUUUACAUUGAAACAAUAG